CGAGUGUACACUUCCAUGACUUCCACGUCGACGGAUCUGGAGGAAAGCCGGGAGGAACGCCUUCUUACAAACGAAUUCAUCGCCAGAUCUACCGGAUUUCUCACUAAGUUAUCAAAUUUCCCGCACAGGGAGGACACACCGCUUAAGAUCCCAAGACACUAAACUGAGCUUCACCAUGGGUGGGACUUUCACCAGAUUGUUCAGUAAUUUAUUCGGCAAGAAGGAGAUGAGAAUAUUGAUGGUUGGCUUGGAUGCUGCUGGAAAGACCACAAUCCUCUACAAACUCAAGCUUGGAGAAAUUGUCACAACUAUUCCCACGAUAGGUUUCAACGUAGAGACGGUGGAGUACAAGAAUAUAAGCUUCACAGUGUGGGAUGUUGGCGGUCAAGACAAGAUUAGACCACUUUGGAGGCAUUACUUCCAGAACACACAAGGUCUGAUUUUUGUUGUAGACAGCAAUGAUAGGGAACGUAUACAUGAAGCCAAAGAGGAGCUAAACCGUAUGCUUAAUGAAGAUGAACUCAGAGAUGCUCAUCUAUUGGUGUUUGCUAACAAACAGGAUCUUCCCAAUGCCAUGACCGCUGAGGAUGUGACCUCGGCACUAAUGCUGCAAAAUAUGCGUAACCGAAAAUGGUACAUCCAGUCAACUUGUGCUACCUCAGGAGAUGGUCUUUACGAAGGUCUCGACUGGCUCUCCACUGAACUUAAAAAGACAUAAAGUGAAGAAUGAAAAUACUUGCUGUCCAUUAAAUCAGUGUAGGUGUAAUAUUGUUCUGCUCCCCCCCCCCCUCCACAAAAAAAGAAAAAAGGUCAAAUUGAAAUGGUGGUGAGAUUUUUCUUUGUGCAAAGAGAGAGAGGGUUUUAUAAAUUAUUUGUUUCUCCGUCGUACUCUCCUAAAUCCAGACGAUUAAAGAUUAUUAGGAUAUAUAUCAACUUUGCUCCAAAAUGAGUCAACUAGAAUGGAUUUUUCUCUUACACAGACUGUGACAUUUUCAGAAGGUACAUGAAAGCCCAUUUAUUAGAACAAGCAGUUUGUAAUCUGAGGUUUACUCAAAUUCCCAGCGAUCCCCUUGAAAUAUUCGAUCUAGAAAUAAUCUAUUCCAAGGAACAUUAUUAUCUUCCCAUAUUCCUAUCAUGUAAAAAGUUUUCCUCUAUGUGAAUGCAGGGAAGUUUUAUUCUUGAAUCAUUUAAUAUCCUUAGUAGUGUGUCGUACAUUUGACGACUAAAAACCUCCAGCAAAUGUAUUUGCCAUUUUGUAGCAGAAAUGAUUCUUAUAUGCUGUAUGUUACAUAUUGAUUGUAGCACCGAUCUAUUGCCAACACGAUGUGCUAUUUCAUCAAUUUAAACAAAAAUUAAAAUGGACGAGAAAUAAGUCCAAAGCAGAGAUAUACAUUUAUUUAUCAAGAGUCCUGACUUGCUAGUUCUUUAUGUGAAUUAAACAGUUUUUUGUACUACUUCUGGAGGUGUCCAAGUAUAAUACAUGGUCCUUAGCAAAGGAAGUUGUAGACUUGUUUAAUUUCUUAUGUUCUCCAGUUACAGUUUGUUUCAUCUCCAUGUUAGGACAUAUUUAUGGCAACACAACAUGCAUUGGUGUUUCAAUUUUCAAAAUAUGAAUUAUUUAAAAGGUAUAUUGAUCCCAUAGUUUUAAUGCAUUAGAAAUAUACAUUUACUUAGAAAUUAAAGCUUUAUUGAUUAUAUGGUUUAUCAUAAUAUGUGGCAUUCGAAUUGAAAAGGAACACAUGUAGGAGAAUGAAAUAUGUAUUCUUAUACCGGUUGGGUGUUUCAUAAAGCUGUUCAUAAGCUAAGAGCGACUUUAAGAAUGACUGGUGAUUCUUUCUUACUCGCUGAAUAAUCAUCAACGAACAUAUAAUGGUGAACAUCAUUUACCACAAGAAAGGAUCACCGGUUGUUCUUAAAGUCGCUCUUAACUUACGAACAGCUUUAUGAAACGGCCCCAAGACGGUCAGUGGAUUAAGAAAAAGUUAAGGUUCAAAUCUCACUACGCCUAGUAUCCUCAGGCAGGAUAUUGUAUUGAAAUACAGUGGCAUAAAUCUAUUUUUGCCACUCUCCACCCAAGGUUCUAUGGCUACUACUUGCAUUUCCAGUCUGGUUCAGUCACCCAACAUUCAUUGAUAAAUGAAAAUUACAACCUCUCUGCUUGAUAAAACAGUUCCAUGACAUUUGCUCCGCCGACAAUUGCUCUGCUAUGGAUUCCACACACUUAAUGGAAUAACCAACUUUAACCAUGGAUUUUUAACACCAUGCCCUAUGCUAAGCCUAACCCUAAAGCCCUUUUGUAACCCUUACCUUAAAUCUUAGACAAAAUAAAGCCUGGAGCAAUUGUCGCAGGAAAAAAUGUUGUGGAAACGGAAUGUUGGUCCAUUUGCAACGAGAAAUCUGAACCAGCCCCAUGUUUUCAAUUGUGUAUUCCAUGUGUGCAGUGAUGCUCAAUGAUGCCAAAAUUGGUUUUAUUAAAAGUGGAGCAGACCAAUAAUUUAUUAUUAAACGAUCACAUUGUUUAUAUGUCGUUUGAUCAUAAAGUCACGGUCUAAAUCCUAGCAAAAAAAAGAUAUUUUAUAGCCAAAGUAGACCAACAAGACAGUUUCCAAACUUCCAUUUCAACAUCUUUUUAACAUUUAAGAUUGAAUAGAUGUUGGAAAACUUUAUAUUUAUUUAUUCAUUCUUUUUCAUCUUCUUGUAUAUGUAUGUGUGGGACUUCAUACAGUGUGAUGCUCACUCUUAUUACAUUCCAUGUGUAUUAUAUAAAUCAUUAGUAACUGUUUUCGAAAGUGUAUUUCACUGUUUAUCGUAUAUCACAUAAUUUUCCGUUUUGU